CCGAUGCAGUUUUAUCGGCUGAUCCACCACGCAGUGGUACCGGCAUUCGUACUCACGUGUUGCAGAGAUCCGGUGCAGUACGAACAAUGCAGUUGUGGGUUUUGUUCGCGGUGGUUCUUGGCGCGAGUGAGACGCGGCACUUUUACCCUUACUCGCAGUACCCUCAGUACUCGUACCACAGACAGCUGACCACCACCACCACGCAGAACCCGGUCUUGAGAAGGGGUGGCUACGAGGUGGCGCGUGUGGACGAUAAGAGCUACCCCCAGAACCAGAAGUACCCGUAUUCUAGCCAUAGACAUGUCAGUAGUACCACGACUGAGCCGGCGUAUCUUCACAGUGUCAAUGAUGUGAUGGUCGUGGAUGAGAGGACUGGGAUUCAGUACAACCCUUACAGUAAACACCAUCCGGGACGACAUGUUUGCACUCGACAGCGUAAUGUAACACAACCAGUUCGUGUCAAACGGGUCGUUUGCAAACCAACUUACAAGAAAUAUAUGGUACGAUGCGGAACGCAGUGGUGCGAAGGUGUAAGAUUAGUCUACGAGAAAUUCCACAAGGAGGUGGUUGCCAACAACAACCACACCACCGUCGACUACACCUGCUGCCCUGGAUGGAGCUCAGUCCACUGGAAGAGCCACGGCUGCAACAAACCUGUGUGUUCACCCCCAUGUAUGAAUGGCGGCAAAUGUGUGAAGCCGAAUGUUUGCAGCUGCCCCCAGGGGGCUGCUGGUAGGUUUUGUGAAACGAAAACCAGCGUGUACGCCCCAAAUGGUUGCGGCAAUUGCAUGGCCCCCUGUGACGUUGGUGUACAAUCUAUCUGUCCCCAAUGUCUCAGUAUUUAUAACCCAUCGUAUCCCCAUACCUGUAGUCCUUGUCCUGGAGUGGAUGUGCGUCAACCUUGUACCGCUACUCCUCCUUCUACCCCUUGUCCCCCGACGUCUCCCCCGGGAUGUCUUCCCAACUGUCUCCCCACGUGUCUCCCUACCUGUAUCAUCACCACGUGUCCUUCCACGUGUCCUUCUGAGUGCCCUUGCCAUUCACCCGGUGGUCCUGUGACUGUAUAUACGUGUAAUUGUCAAAAGAAACGUAAUGGUUUACAGGCAACUCCACCACCACAAAAACCAUGCACACCACCCUGUAUAAACGGAGGCACCUGCAGUCCCACCGAGCGAUGCAUCUGUCCUCCCGGAUAUACGGGCAAACAAUGCGAAACAGACGUAGAUGAGUGCAAACAAAAACCCUGCGACCACAUAUGCUACAACACCCCCGGGAGCUUCAAAUGCCAAUGCAAAGAGGAUUUCCAAUUACAGGACGACGGCCAAACCUGUCGCAAAGAAAAUGAAGAAGCAUCAGAAACCAAGGAUCUAGAAGCCAAAAUAAACCUGAGUCAAAAAGAGCAAGAAAUGAGGAUGGACUGCAUCAGCAAAAGACUGGUGAAGCUUGAAAAGAUGAUGCGGGAGCAAAAGGAAAACGGAGUCACUAAGACCGAUCUCGAUGGCAUCUACUCAAAUAUUGAUAAGAUAUCAGACGACCUAACUGCAAUUAAUAUUAAAUUAACUCAGAUGGAUUGUAUUAAUCGAGAAUUAGAUGACUUUAAGAAAAGCGUUCAAUGUAACAUGGGGCGAAUUAACAGCAAACUGGGAGCUUUGAACUCUGUCCAAGCAGAACUUGCUAAAUUAAAAUGUAACCUUAAUCAUGUUGCCCAGAGAAGCAUGGAUCUACAAAGGCAAAUCGACGAAUCAUAUUUAGUAGAAGAAUCUUGUCCUCCUCUUCCCGAAAGCUGUCCUGUUCCUAUUGAAGACUCCAGAAUGAGUAAAGAUAACAGAACGGGUUCCUUUGAACCUGUGGGGUAUCCUGACGACCCUGAAGAUGACGACUGCGGACUUCAAGAUCUACGUACUGAAUGUAAACGUGCGUCUAGUGAAAUCAGAACGGUUCCGAGUUCUAGUGAGACUUCUUACCAACGACACAAGAGUCGCGAGCGUUCCUACGAGUCGUCAAGGAACCUGGGUUCUUCGAGUUUUUCUCGAGAACGUGGGGAUGCACCUCCUUCUAGAUCACGAAGAGGUUUUUCUGAGGCACAUAGAAAUAAUUGUGAUAGUAGAUGUGAACCAAAAGUUUCCGAUUCUCAACAUACUUAUGUGGUAGAGUACGACUCAAGUAAUUUCCCCGAAUGCCACCGGUAAACUAGAGUUAGUUGACCACCAUAGAGUUCGUUGUUUAAUUUGGUGCCAAGUGCACAUCUGCUACCUGCCCCAUUAAAUAUAAGUAGUCAUUUUGUAUAGUGAUUCUGUGUAUGUAUAUGUAUAUCGCAUAGCCUGGUCCUUUGUCUUAUGUAUGUAUAUGUUAAGAAUAUAAUAAAACGGAUGUAAACCUA